CCUUUACAUUCUGGUAAAUGGUGCUGACAGAAGAUCUACUGAGAAUAUAUUUUAUUCUAACAGGCGCUGAGGAAAAAUACUUUGCGAAUGGGAUGAAUACACAAGCAGUGACUGCCUGCAGCAGCUUGCUGACUCACUUUAACUAGCUGGAGCACUGACCUAGUGAUGUUUCCAUUUCUACUUUACCCCAUUUGAGUUUGCCUGUCUUAACUGGGCAAAGAAAUUCAAAGUGGAGUACCGUAAACUUGAUAUGGAUAGUAAAAAGAAAGAGAAGGACAAACCGGAUGAUAGAAUGGCAAGGCCUAGUGGACGGUCGAGUCACAAUCCACGAGGCAGCAGCUCUUCAAAUUCUGGAGUGCUAAUGGUUGGACCUAACUUUAGGGUUGGAAAAAAAAUUGGAUGUGGCAACUUUGGAGAGCUACGAUUAGGAAAAAAUUUGUAUACAAAUGAAUAUGUGGCAAUUAAGCUGGAGCCAAUGAAGUCUAGGGCACCACAGCUGCACUUGGAAUACAGAUUCUACAAGCAAUUAGGAUCUGGAGAUGGAAUACCUCAGGUUUACUAUUUUGGCCCUUGUGGUAAAUAUAAUGCCAUGGUGCUGGAACUACUGGGACCUAGUUUGGAAGAUUUAUUUGACUUGUGUGAUAGGACUUUUUCUCUGAAAACUGUUCUUAUGAUAGCCAUACAGUUGAUUUCUCGAAUGGAAUAUGUUCAUUCAAAGAACUUAAUAUACAGAGAUGUAAAACCUGAAAACUUCUUAAUAGGACGACCAGGAAACAAAACUCAACAAAUUAUUCAUAUUAUAGAUUUUGGUUUGGCAAAAGAAUAUAUAGAUCCAGAGACAAAGAAGCACAUACCAUACCGAGAACACAAAAGCCUUACAGGAACUGCUAGAUACAUGAGUAUAAAUACACAUUUAGGAAAAGAGCAAAGUAGAAGAGAUGAUUUGGAAGCUUUAGGUCAUAUGUUCAUGUAUUUUUUAAGAGGCAGCCUUCCAUGGCAGGGUUUAAAGGCAGAUACGUUGAAAGAACGGUAUCAGAAAAUUGGUGACACAAAGAGAGCAACUCCCAUAGAAGUACUGUGUGAAAAUUUUCCAGAGGAAAUGGCUACAUAUCUUCGUUAUGUGAGAAGACUAGAUUUCUUUGAAAAACCAGACUAUGACUACUUAAGAAAGCUGUUUACAGACUUGUUCGAUCGGAAGGGCUAUAUGUUUGAUUAUGAAUAUGACUGGAUCGGUAAGCAGCUGCCUACUCCAGUGGGUUCAAUCCAUUCAGAUCCUGCCGUAUCUUCCAACAGAGAAGCACAUCCACACAGAGAUAAGAUGCAACAGUCCAAAAAUCAGUCGACAGACCACAGGGCAGCUUGGGACCCCCAUCAGGCCAACCCCCAUCACUUGAGAGCUCACCUAUCAGCUGACAGACAUGGUGGCUCGGUACAGGUUGUAAGCUCGACAAACGGAGAACUAAACACUGAUGACCCUACUGCAGGCCGUUCAAAUGCACCCAUCACAGCUCCUACAGAAGUAGAAGUAAUGGAUGAAACUAACUGCCAGAAAGUGUUGAACAUGUGGUGCUGCUGUUUUUUCAAGCGAAGGAAAAGGAAAACCAUUCAGCGUCACAAGUGACUUUGGAAGAAGACAGAUCAUGGGGAAUUACUUACUUGCUCAUCUGCUGUCUUGUGAAAGUCAUCUCUAAUGACCACAUGUCUUUCCAGCACCCCUCUUUCAACGAGAAGGUCAUAAAUACAUGGUUUGGUUUGGUUGUCCAACUUUCAUAUUUUAUUUUGGAUCAUCUCUCCUGGAAGCUUUAAAGCUAUAUCAACAUGAGUACCGAUUUGACCACUAAGAUACUGGACCAAUGAGAAACAAAUGCUGCUUUUUCCUCAGCAAAACUAAACUGUUACAGAAAACACUAGCUGAAGACUAGAUAUUUCAUAAACCUGGCAUGUACUGAGGUUUUUGUGAUGCCAUACUGAAAGCAAUUGAUUUCCAAAUGAACAAUACAAAUGAAAACAUAAUUUACCCAAGCACUUAAAAUAAGUCUUGUUUUGAGAUUUCUUUUGUCAGUAACAACUGCAUUGAUUUUCUCCCUCUACAUUGUUUUGAUGGUACUGCAUUUGCAAAUUCCCAUUAAAUCCUGUCAGAAAACAUGGUACAGCCUGCUCAGUGGUACCGAAACAAGCAA